UCGUCUGCUAGCGCUUGUCAUUGCAACGGACUUUAGUUUUCUCUUUCAAUAAAAACCCCAUCAAUGUUUUGCUUAUUUCGCUGUUGAUUGUUUGUUUACAAGUUUUCGAGUGUUUACUGAGUGAAAUGCUCUUCCUUUAUUGAAAAAGCGUGUGUUAUUUGCAUUCAAUCAUUUGGAGUUUUUAAAAUUUUAAUAAAGUGCUAUCCAUCCUCGGAGAAAAUUAACUAACGACACACAUGGGUUUUCGAUACAACGGUCAGAGAAACUUAUUGGGCAAGAUGACUUAACAAGGAAUUAUGUCCUUAGUACACUUAAGCACCCAGCUGAUCAGGAACAAUAAAAAAUGUCUGAUUUGGAGAGCUGCAUAUUAAACUAGCUGUUUUAUUCAGAGACGUGAACGGAUAUAUUAUUAUAUAAUUGAACUUUCCAUGUGAAGAAUAAAUAUGAAGAAUGCCGAAAAGUUACUGCUGUGUUUGUUGGUUCGAAUCAAGUUUGUUUUUGCUAUAGUUGAUCCAUGUACUUUUUCUGGACAAUUUCAAUACGACUUUUUCAUUAAAGGAAUACCAGAAAACCAAACAGUGGGGUCCGUUAUAGGAGUUUUGCCGUUAACCGGGGGUCCAGACGACGUCAGUCUGACUCAGACCUCCAAUCCCUACCUCCAUCUUGACGUAGAUUCCCGAAACAUAUCUCUCAUAAAGGAGCUGGACACGGACAAAGACGAUAAUGGCAACAAAUUGAUGUCUGAUCUUAUCCUACAAGUCAUCUGUGUACCGAAAGGUACAACGAGAAAGAGUUCACUUACAGUUCGAGUUCUUCUAGAAGACAUCAAUGAACACAGACCAACAUUUCCCAAGAAUCACUACAUUAUAAACUUACCAGAGGACACUCCAGUGGAGACUGUUGUGUUUCAUCAGGUUACAGUGACUGACAGGGAUGGAUCGGGCUCGGGAAAUGAUCUCAUCCAUUUCAGCAUACUACCCGGUUCAUAUUCGGACUAUUUUGAUAUACACAUCUUGAGAACGGAGGUCACGUUGAAAAAGCCGCUUGAUUAUGAGACGGUACAUUCCAUGACAAUAGAAAUAGAGGCAAAGGACAAUCCACAACAAGGUGAACCUCUCAGCUCUAAGGCCUUCCUCACUUUUAAUAUUACUGACGUGGACGACCUCAAUCCGGAGUUCACACAUGACACCUAUUCUGUUAGAAUGAAUGCAGAUACUCUUCCUGGAAGCUUAGUUCCAAUACUGCCUCCUAUUCGAGCCUACGAUGGAGACAGCCUGAACGCUUCCUUAAAAUAUGAACUUGUUGAUCCACAGAGCCGUUUUGUUAUAGACACAACGACAGCUGAUGUAAGCGUUAAUGCUAAACUAUCAGAUGGGAAGUCAACGCUAGUUUUAAAGGCAACACAAAGAGAUAAUCCUAUAAGACAGGGAAUUGCAUUGCUACAACUUACCAUCAUCGGCCAGGGCACUACUUUGGGACCGUCUUUUGUCCAGCCUCGUUAUCAUGCCAGUUUAUCUGAAAACGAGGCUGUAGGAACAACUGUUAUCACUGUUACAGUUACAGACCACAAUCAGUGGACCUCGUUACGUUACUCACUUGGAAUAGAGGCAACACACUUCACCGUUAACAAUAAUGGUGAUAUCAUAUUAACAAAGAAAGUUGAUUACGAAGAAAAAAGUCAGUUUAUCUUCAAUUUAACGGCUGCCGAUGAGUUUUAUUCGGCAUGGACAACUAUAACCAUAACAGUAACCAAUGUUAACGAUAACGGACCAAAAAUAUUAGAAAGGGAGAUAACAGUGAAUGCUGAGAGGGUAAAAGGAUCACAGAUCGCUAUUAUAAAGGCCGUGGACAAGGAUCCAAACACUUCACUCACGUUUUCUGUCGUAACCCAUAAAAGCCUGUUUGCUGUGUCACAGGAAGGUGUUGUUUCACUGACCGGAAGUGAGGACGACUAUGUUAGAGAUGAAUAUGUAGUUGUUAUAAGUGUCAAAGAUAACGGAUCUCCCCAGCUUGAAUCUGUUGCCGUGGUAACUGUUGCUUUUCCAGCUAGAGUUAUCAAGAAUACCAGCGCUUUGGACAUGGCUUCCAGCAAUGACCUCAUUGCGAUUAUCUUAGGAAUUGUAGCAGCCAUACUUUUAUUUGUUAUAAUAUUUCUGGUCAUAUACAUCAUCCGCAGACGACAGUUUGUGGAGGAGCAACUCGACAGAGCAAAAAUACGACAAGGAAUGGAUCCUCGGGGGUUAACAUAUCAGCGAGGGGGUCCGUCACCUGACCCGUCUUCUAAAAUGGACAUUAAUUUUGACGGAGAAUUAGAGGAAACUUCAGAUGUAGACAGUCAUACCACAAUACAGCAAAAUCCUCUAAAUUUUAGACUUCCCGCCGCUCGGCAGAACGGCGAAAUUCAGAUAGAGACUGCUGUCAUCCCGUAUGAUGACAAUUUUGAAUAUCAGAAUCAUAUGAGGACUUUUCACGUGGAAGAGAUCAGCAGUAAUAGUGACACUAGUGAUAGCACAGGUGACAGUCAUAAAGUGUUGAUGGAAAAACACAAAAGGAGUCCGAGAGUAAAUGCAAAUUCAUUAUCGUGGGCGGGAUCAAAUCCUCCAUCUUCCACAUUUGGAUCAGAUAUCAUAGUUCCGGAAGAACAUGUCACAAAAGAGAAACCAGAAAUUACUGUUUAUUUCUGACACAUCCAGCAAUGAAUCGUAUAAAUUAUCCAAUUCAGUUGGCAGUGACAUCAGAUUUACUGACAUUUGCUGGAUACACUACAUCUAUUUAUCAAAUAUGUUUUGUUACUGAAAAUCAUG